CGCGCUGCAUCCGGGUUCCCCGGGAGCCCGUCUCUCCCUGUGUGUGUGCGCGGCGGCGGGAAAUGGCGCCCGAAUGCUGGCGAGUGUAAACAGCGAGCGAGCGGCGGCCCAGCGACACGGAGCGGCCCCGGGCCUCCCGGACACACGGCCCCCAGCCGGCAGCUCGGAUUUCUGGUGUUGUGAGGAAUGUAUUGCACGAUUAUGUCCUUGUUUCUGUGAAAAGUGCACAAUGGUCCAAUACAACGAAUAGCUGAGGAGUCCACUCAAUCAGAUGUACAGGAAUUUGAAAUGUUGCUAAGACUUCGAGAAAUCUGCAAGUACUGAACACGCACACUGGAUCUCUAUGAACUGAAUGUGUACACUUCUGUGUCAAGAGUCGACAGGUUCACUCAGUAUGCAGAAUCUGAGCCUAACAUGUUUUGCACCACGUGACUUGACUUGUUUCUGCACCGUGCUGUUCACCUGUUCAUUCCCAAUGCCAAAAUAAGCAGCACUCCUGUUCUGCACUAUUUUCUUAGAUUUUGUUCAUGUGACACCUUUUGAGAAUGAGGCUGAGAAUGCGAAAGGCUUCUCAGCAGACAACCCCUGUCCAUGCAUCACGACCUGAAAAGAAGCGGAAGCGCUCUGAUGUAGAUGAUUCAAUACCUGUUAUGGGGGCAAAACCACAGAAGAAGGAAACUGGUUUGCUCUCAUCUAUUAAAAGACUUAUCCGAGGAACUGCAGCAAAGGCAGAAGCAGAGAAUCCGCCGAAAAAAAAAUGUAGAAUUGACUGUGACCUAGAUGAUAAUAUGAUCACGUCAACGCCUCAUACUGGCUCAAAACCCAACAAACCAAUUUCCAGAGUAAGGCGGAAAAGUCAGGUGAAUGGAGAGACUGGUGGCUACAGCAGUAAACAGAAUGGGAAACUACCAAUCGUUAAUGAUGUGGUCAGCCCUCCGCGAACUGCCUUACUGGGGACCAUCUUUUCUCCUGUUUUCAGUUUCUUUUCACCAGCAAACAAAAAUGGAACAUCAGGUUCUGACUCUCCAGGUCAGGCAGUAGAGGCUGAAGAAAUUGUCAAACAACUGGAAUUGGAACAGGUAGACGAGAUCACCACCAGUACAGCAACGUCGGCCACUGGAGGACUGUAUUCUGGCCAGGCAGUGACAGCACAAUCACCUUUGUCUCCUGACAGCAGUUCAAAUGAUGUAGAGGAUGAAGUCACUAAUGAACUUCAUCCUAUGUCAGCACCAGAAUUGAAUGUGUCAAAUGUAGAACUGUGCAAGACAAUAUCUUCUCCUGACUCUUACCCAGAGCCACCUGCUCACCCGGAGGCAAGCUAUGAAGAGGACUGGGAAGUUUUUGAUCCUUAUUUCUUCAUUAAACAUGUGCCACCGCUAACAGAGGAACAGCUAAGUCGGAAGCCAGCCCUACCACUUAAAACCAGAAGUACACCAGAUUUCUCUUUAGUCUUAGACUUGGAUGAAACAUUGGUGCACUGCAGCCUCAAUGAGCUAGAUGAUGCGGCACUGACCUUUCCUGUCCUUUUCCAAGAUGUAAUUUACCAGGUUUACGUGCGGUUGAGACCCUUCUUUCGGGAAUUCCUGGAACGAAUGUCUCAGAUUUAUGAGAUUAUUCUGUUCACUGCCUCCAAAAAAGUCUAUGCAGACAAAUUGCUGAAUAUUCUGGACCCUAAAAAACAACUGGUCAGGCACAGGUUGUUCCGUGAGCAUUGCGUGUGUGUGCAGGGAAACUACAUAAAGGAUUUGAAUAUCCUUGGAAGAGACCUUUCAAAAACAAUCAUUAUUGACAACUCUCCACAAGCCUUUGCGUACCAGCUGUCUAAUGGAAUUCCAAUUGAGAGCUGGUUCAUGGAUAAGAAUGACACAGAGCUUUUGAAACUGAUUCCCUUUUUAGAGAAACUUGUAGAACUGAAUGAAGAUGUUCGACCUCAUAUCAGAGAGAAAUUUCGUUUGCACGAUUUGCUCCCUCCAGAUUAAGAACUCAUUGCCAACACCAUCUCUGAAGGGGGCAGAGAAGACUAAAGCAGGACCCUUUGGACUACAAGACAUUGCCAUUGCUGUUGAAAUUUGCAUUUUUGUACCUCGUCUUGCUUCUCUUGUCUUGGGCACCCACAGUUAACCAAGGGGUUGCAAAGAGUGAACUCAGUCUUGAAGUUUUAGGUGGGUCUGAACAGGAAAGGAUAUUGCAGGGUUUUUUAAAUCAAAAAAGGAAACGGUAUAUGCAGUCAAAAAUCCAAACAUGCAGAUCCUGAUAGCACAUAUAUAGCACGCAAUAGAUGUUCUGUUGUCCCAGUUGGUGUGCUUCUGAAGACUGUCUGCUGGAUAACAAGUAUGAAAUGCUGUGGUCUGUUGCAAUACAUGUUGAUGAGACUUUCUGACUGUAUCUGCUAUAAAUGGUUGGCGCUUUUCUUUGUGACAUAAAAAAAAAUCAACACUUUCUAAAAGUACUUCUGUUUUCUGCCACCAGCAUUUUGUUUAACCUGUAUUAUCACAGGUUUACAUAAGAGGAGAAAACUGAUUCUAUUUUCCCCUCUGGUGCUUUAUAAAGUGGGCCUGUACCCACAUUUUAAAAUGUAGGUCUCAUUUCAACAGGAAUGGCCAGUAUAUUAAAUAGAAAAAAUUUACGGUUCAGGUUUUAGACUUUUGUUUUUCCUAGUAUAUAAAAUUAUAUCCAAUUAUAAAAGCAUUCCUUUUAACUAUAAUGUAUUGUAGAUUCCCCUUUUGCCCCCUUCCAAAACAAAAGAAACUCUUUCCUAAUUUGAUCCACCACCUUCCUGCUUUGUCUGCCUGUGAAGUAAUGUAUAUUUGUUAAAAUAAAAUAAAGAAUCUAUAGAUUAGUUGAAAUUAAAUCGGAUACAUAACAGACGAGUUUAUUUAUAUUAAAGAACAGAAGCAUUCACCCACAGUAGCUAUAAACUUUUAAAAGGAGGGGUGAGGGCACAAGAAAGAGGAGAGACUGAUACAGAAAUUCUAAGUUUAGCGAUGAGAUUUUAGCCUCGAUUUGACAUUCAUUUAACUGCACAAUCUCUGCCCAGCUGUAAAUUGGACUUCAACUUUUUGUAGGAGGUGGGUGCGAGAGAGAACGUAGGAUGGGGAAGAACUGAGAAAAAUUACAACAAAAUCGUAACAGGCUCAGGAUCCUUUCAAUGUCUGGUUUGCUUUUCAGUAUCUAUAGUUGCAGUACAACAUUCGUACCACUGUGUUUGUAAAAUUCUUCAGGAAGAACAGUGGUGGCAGGAGCAGCAGGAGGAUGACAGUAUGCUAACUAAACUUGUGGGCCUGUGUUCUGGCUAUUCUUCCCUCUCCCUCUUUCCCUUCCCCACUCCUUUUCACCCCCCUCCCCAAAUCUCAAAAAAUGCCUGGUUGAUUGUAUGUCCCAGGCAUCUGGUCCCCUGUAAAAAAAAAAGUUUCGCCCCAUUUGCUGGUCCAUUUGCUGGCUUACUUUUUCCACAGUAUCAUUUUCUCGCAGGAACAUAGCAUGAAUUGCCUCUAGACUGCAUCGAUAUGCCACAGGCAUCGCCAUGGAUUCAUUUCCUAAAAGGAAGUUGGAGAAAGCGGCACUUUUUUUGUGGAGAGGAGCUAGACGCAUUUUCUUUGGUUUAAAACUCUAGAAGAUUGUUCAGGACGAGGUAUGUGGUCGCAAAGAAAAGGUGAGCAGCACAUGAAUGAGGAUGCCAGUUCAAUUUUUUUAUGUAUAUUACUAGUUUACCUGUACAAAACUUUCUUGUACAAAACUACAUGCAGCUUCAUUUAAAAAAAAAUCCUUAAAAUAAGGAAAAAUCUUUUUAAAGAAAGCGGUUUAAUUUUUGUAUUUUUGAUUUUACAAAAGGCAUGAGUUAUGUCUACUUUUUCAGUGUAUUAAUGAAGAUUUUAACUUUUCAUCAGGUUGAGCGUUUUUCUUACUAUUAUCUAUUGUGUAUGUAGUUAGCACAUUGUGACACUGAAACGUUAAAAUCUAGCAUGUAGAAAUAAGCCUGUUUUUUGUCGGGUGGAAGAAAACCCUUUUAUCCUUCAUUAAAAUAUUUUAAUCAUGGCAGGUUUUUCUGCAGAAAAUAAUUUGAAAAGCGUUUGCAUUUCAGAGAAAUACUGAUUUUGUAUUUAAAGAAAGGUAUUUUGCUUGCAGGAAUCUAUUUACUACAGAUUCACUUUAAUGAUAACCUUUGAGAUGUAUUUAAAUACCUUUAGGGCAUCUGGGCAUCUUUCUUUAUGCUGUUUGUCAUUUUGUCUUUAUUGAAAUAAAAUGUACAGAACAUUACUUUUACAAAUGUUACAAACGUUUUGAAGUUUUACAAACUCUGCACCAGAGUAAACCAAACUUGAUUCCAUGGCCCCUGCUCACUCCCCUUAACCCUGUACCUUUCUCUGCUUCAAAUAAUCCAAUUUUGCUUCAAAAGAUAUAAUUGUCUCUGCCUCAACUUCUCCCUGUGGCAAAGCAUUUCAUGCUCUAACUUUGUGUUUUGCAUUUAAUGCCUUAAGUAGGCAGCAAAAGUAGGAAGAUUAACCGGGAUUUCCUUUUUUAAGGUUGGGGCAAAGAGUCAACAUGAGUUAGUAAGUCACUCCUCUUUUGGUUGUGGGGAUGGAGGGGAGCAACAGGAAAUUUAUCUCCUAUUCAUUUGCCUUGCCUUGAAAUAAAUUCAGCUGCGUGAAUGGAAUUCUGAAUGUUAAAGGUAUUAAUCUGGACUCAAACAUCAAGAGUGCUUCUUUUGUGACGAGGCAUGCUUUACAUAAAAACAGAAGAACUAGGAGAAAGAGUAAGUCAUUCAGCCCUUCAAGGCUACUCUGCCAUUCAAUAAGAUUAUGGCUGACCUGAUUGUGGCCUUAACUGCAUUUUCCUGCCUGUCCCCAUAAUCCUUGACUUCCUUAUUGACCAAAAAUCUUUAUCCAGUGUGCAGCUGAAGCAGAUUGAUUAGGACAUGGAGAUCCAAUGGUUUAAUCUCCCUGUUUUAUGUCGAUUUAUAUGAUCUUGGCUAUGGUAGUUUUAUCUCACCCUCCAGUUAUGGAUGGAGGCAUCAGAAUCACCCAAGGCCCCCCUAUUAUAUAGCAAUAUGAGCUGGAGUUAGAUGUUUGAGGGCUCUGAUUUGUUCAACCAUUGUCAACACUCAACUGUCCAGGCUCCACUGUGAAUAAUGGGCACCUGGCAGAGGCACCAUUUGUUUGCUCGUGUUUGGAGUGUGUUUGAAUCUUGCUGAAACCAGACCUUCAGUUGAUUUAUGUUUGAGUCAUGCCAUGAAUUAGUGCAGACUUCAUAUAAAAGCACCCUGGGCAUCAUUUUCAUGCUAGGACCCAGUUGAGGAAAGUGUGAUUGUAACUCUGCCAAAUUAUGAAUACUGAUCACAGGCCAGUGUAUCAUCAUCAUCUUGAAUUCUAUGCCUGAAGGUAGGGUCCGACCUACAGCCUCACGAUCUCCACCACAGGUUGGGCAAAGUGGCAGGUUUCGAAUCCAUCUCAGUUGGAAUGGGAUUUGAGCCCCUGCUGUUGGCACCAAUCUGAUCCACACCGGCCAUCCAGCCAACUGAAGCAACCUUCCCAAGGAGUCUGGGUUGCUGUGGCAACAAACACUUUUAAAUGCAUAUUGCAGCCUGGAGCUAUGGAUAGUAAUGAUAGAGGCUCCAAUUUCUUGCCAUCAUAUUGCUAACCACGAAUCUGUCCUGCUGUUACUGCCUGCCAUAGGUCAGUGUAUACAUGGUAUAAAAAUUUUACAUACAAAUCUGACAUUGAAGUUGGACACUAAUUCUGAUUGAAUUAUGGAAUUUCUUGGAAUGAACUAUGCAGAAAGAGAUGAUUUGGUGCAACUGGCCCAUGCUGGUGUUUAUUCUCCCACCUUCAUCUAAGAUAAAACAUUCAUGGCUCUUGAACUGAAUCCAAUGUUAUGGAUAGCUGCAAAAUUUUCCCCUGAAUUUCUGCUCUUCAGAACUCAACGGUUGUUGCAGAUCUCUUGGAAGCAGUCAAACCUGUACAUGUACUGGGGGAAUCCUGGUUUCCUUGAUAGCCUGAUGAUUAGACAGUGAGCAGAAUAUACGUACAGACUUAGCAUUUAUGUGUUCAGUUAGCGUGGGGCUGAGAAUGCUUUUAAGAGAAAGAGGAGAGUCAAUUCGGGUUCUUGCCCUAUUAGGUAUUAAUGCAUGUAUGGAUGUCUGGCGAAAGCGUGAUUGACAUUGGUUGGUGAUGAUAACCGUAGCUGAAUGAUCUGCAAGCUGCACUUGGACAAGGUGCUGUGGGACUGUAGCUCAUCACGAUGUUAAGACCUUGAGGGAUGCGAGAAGAAUGUUGUUGAGGUUAAAAGGAAAAAGCAAGUGAAAGCCCUCAUUCAGACUCUACCGUCUUUCUUUGCCACUCUAGGACUAGUUGUGAGGGAAUUUUUAACCUUCUUUUGUCCUUUUAUAUUUGCUGAUUCUGAUGCUUUGCUUUAGUUACUUUCUUUAAAGAAUUAUUCACUGCUUCACAUUUCUCCAGUCCAUCUUUACAAACUAGCAUCUAAUUAAUAUUAAAGCCCUUUAACUUUCCACACCCAUUAAACUUGGCUAGGAUCUCCGAACUUCAGUGGUGCCACUCGUUUACUUUGUACAGUUUGUUCUCGGUAGAAUAUUUGGCAGUAACUUGAGACUACAACACUGGCAAGGUUGAAUAUAAAACCUGGAUUAAGGAAAAGAUAAGUCAAUUCCAUCCUUCCAAGAAAUUAUGCUUUGCAUCGAUGUGGACUCUACAACUUUAUCCAACAAUGGGUGAAUAACCACAAGCAAGCCUCCGAGCUUUAUGAACAGUGCUGUCUCCAUGAAGUAAUCGAACAAAGUCCGUGAUAAACAAUGUUUGCUUUUGUUACUAUUGGAAAGUAUAUACAAUCAAUAAAUUUUUUUUAAUGAAAGAC